AUGAACGGAUCUUACCAUCACAUGCUCCUGCGGGACAGCUCUCUGAUCAACCUCACAGAAGAAGCAGGAUACGAGAAUGGGAGCACAUCAUUGUGGCUGUCCAACAGCAGUGUUGCUCUUCCUCCAUCUGGGACGUUGUGCCAGCAAGUUCAGAUCCAGGCUGAAGUUUUCCUUGCACUUGGGAUUAUCAGCCUGUUGGAGAACAUCCUGGUCAUUUCUGCAGUUGUGAAAAACAAGAACCUCCAUUCGCCCAUGUACUUCUUCCUCUGCAGCCUGGCAGCGGCGGACAUGCUUGUGAGUGUGUCCAAUUCCUUGGAGACGAUUGUGAUCGCUGUUCUUAGAAACAAUCUGCUCAAAGUCAAUGACUAUUUUGUGCGUUUGAUGGAUAACAUUUUCGAUUCCAUGAUUUGUAUUUCUCUGGUAGCAUCCAUUUGUAACCUCCUGGCUAUCGCCAUUGACCGCUACGUCACUAUAUUCUACGCGCUACGCUACCACAGCAUUGUAACUACACGGCGUGCAUUAAGUGCCAUCGGCACCAUUUGGUUCACCUGCAUCAUCUGCGGCAUCGUCUUCAUCAUCUACUCCGAGAGCAAGAUGGUCAUCAUUUGUCUAAUUACAAUGUUCUUUGCAAUGCUGGCACUGAUGGCAACACUCUAUGUUCACAUGUUUUUGCUUGCCCGACUCCAUAUCCAGCGCAUUGCUGCAUUACCGGCUGCGGCUGUUGCUGCUGGGGAUCCGGCGCCACGGCAACAGAGCUGCUUGAAGGGAGCGGUAACUAUCAGCAUCCUGUUGGGGGUGUUUGUGUGUUGCUGGGCACCUUUCUUCCUCCACCUUAUCCUCCUUGUAGCCUGCCCACACCAACCACUCUGCCUAUGCUACAUGUCACACUUCACCACCUACCUGGUGCUCAUCAUGUGCAACUCAGUCAUCGACCCCAUCAUCUAUGCCUUCCGUAGCCUGGAGAUGAGAAAAACCUUUCGAGAGAUCUUCUGCUGCUUUGGGACAGGGUGCCCAGCUCUGGCUUGUGAGCGAGAACGAGAGAUUGAGACAGAGAGACAGAGGAAGAGACCGCAGAAACAGGAGAAGGAGAGUGAGACAGAGUGA